CGCCUGACCAAAGUAGUAUUAUUGUAAAAUAGCAUAAAUAAUAAAUUGGUAGGAAUAUUCACGCAAUCGGUAAUCACCCGCAGUCUGUGCUCCCGAGUCUUUGCAGUAACUAUCACGAACAUUGGAAAAAAACCCGAUAUCCUGCGACUCGCUGUACAGCAACUUUAUACGCGAUUUUGAAAAAAAGAAAACCGUUUUCAAGGUAAAAUCUGUUUUGAAUCCAAAAAAUAUGGCACUUACUACAAAUUUAGAAGCGUUAAGUUUAGCAAAUCAUGAUUUUUCAUUUUCUUUGUACAAGGAAUUGGCCAAAACUGAAACAGGAAAUAUUUUCUAUUCUCCAUUCAGUAUCCAUGUGAUUAUGUUUAUGGCUAGUAUUGGAGCAGCUUCAAAAACUUUUGAUGAAAUGAUAGCCACUAUUCAUUUAAAUAAAACUACUCAUUCUCUGGAAGCUUAUAAGAAUUUAUUGGAAGACUUAACAAGUGAAAGUGAUAAUCUGAAACUGGCGACUGGAAUGUUUGUUGAUACAGCUUUCAAUGUUAAAGAUAGUUUUGUGGAAAACUGUAGAAAAUAUUUGAAAUCUUCUAUGGAAAAAUUGAAUUUCAAAAAUGACCCAGAACAACAGCGUAAAUAUUUAAAUGAUUGGGUCUUAAGCAAAACCAAUAACAAAAUCAAAGAUCUAUUUCUCAAAGAUACCAUUACUCGGGCUACUGCUUUAGUACUAGCAAAUGCUGUGCAUUUUAAAAGUGCUUGGGAACAUAAAUUUAAUGAUGCAGAAGACGAUUCUUUUUAUGUGACUCCAAGUAACAAAGUAACAGUCAAAAUGAUGACAUUAAGACAUGAUUUGCAAUACUAUCAUGAUAGUGACCUAAAAUUUGCUGCACUCGAAUUGCCCUAUGAACACCAUACUUUUAAAAUGAUAAUUUUAUUGCCUGAUGCUAAAGAUGGUUUGAAAGAGCUGGAGAAUAAUUUUUCAAAAAUUAACUUGUAUGAUAUUUCAAAGAAAAUGACCCAGUAUCAUGUUACUGUUAAAUUACCUCGUUUCAAAUUAGAACAGUCUCUGCAAUUAGAAGAAGUAUUGUCAAAUCUUGGAAGUCCAACAAUGUUUACACGAGAGGCAAACUUUACUAACAUUGUUGAAGAUGGUGAUUUGUAUGUGAGUAAGGUUGUACAUAAGGCAUAUGUUGAUGUCAAUGAAAAAGGAACUGAGGCUGCAGCAGCUACUGGUAUGACAAUCCGUAUGAAGAGAAGUUUAAUAAUGAAUGAACAUAAAGAUUUCAUUGUUGAUCAUCCAUUUAUAUUUUUAAUUUUAACUAAAGGUAGUAGCAUUAUUUUUGUAGGUCGAAUGACCAAAAUUGAUUCAUUGGCACAACAUCCUAUUAAAGAAGAACUUUAAUGUUCUAUUUAUUUUUUUUUUUAAUUUAUUUAUAACUAGGCAA